GAUGAUUCGCUACAACUCUCUGGUUCUGGAGCCUCCGGUGCAGCCGGCGACUUCGGCGCUGCGCGUCUCAGCUUGGGAUUCCACCAGGACUCUAGUCAUGGCCGUGCAGCACCGAUCCCUGCCAAUCUACGGCGUCCAGUUCCAUCCGGAGAGUGCCG